AACCGGACCACUGUUUACUGGGCAUGCUGGAAGGGCCGAGAAGCUUAUCAAUGAAAAAUGGAGCUGAGUGAGAGUAAAUUGAUGACGGUAUAAUAGAAAGUAUAAAUCGGAUAGAUAAUUCCUGAAGGAAAUUACAAUGGCCAAACCAGAGGCAGAAGAUCCUACUUGGUGCGAAGUGAAGAAAGACGUUGAUAGCGAUCGUCUUUGCGCUAGUAAUGACGAAUUAUCUAAGAGUCACACUCAUGGACAGACAGAAGAACGCAUUUGGACUAGAAUAUGCAGAAUAUGUAAGGUUGUGAUCCAACGGCGGGGAAUCUUCUUGGCGCUGUCACACGCAAUCCUGACGGGGUUUCUUGGUUUGACCAUUAAGCUCCUAUCAGGCAAGGUAUCUCCCAAUCAGAUUGUACUCUACCGCUCGUUCACACUCGUACUCUUCACGGCACCAAAAUUCUUAAGUCAGCGAGUGUCGUUCUCCUUGCCUCUCAAAGCUUGGUGUCUCGUAAUUGCCAGGGGAAUGCUGGGCACGGUAACGGGCAUCAGCUUUAACUCUGCUGUCCAACGUCUUGAUAUAUCAACCGCUAAAUGCAUCAGACAGGGCUCAACCCUCAUCACUUUUAUCUUGGCAUGCUUCUGUUUAAAGGAGAAUUGUUCCAUUACAAUCACUUUGUCUUGUUGUUUCAGCGUGGUCGGUGUAUUCCUCGUUGUUCAACCUCCCAAAAUCUUUGGGGGUCUUCUUGAGAGCAGCAAUGGUAACUCGCCUCUUGGAUUAACUGCUGCAUUUUCCGCAUCGAUGUGCGUUGCUCUUGUAUACCUCUUACUCCGCUUACUUGCUCCAUAUAAGAUAAAUGCGCAACAAAUUAAUUUUACAUACGGCUGCAUCGGCUUCUUGGGAUGUGCUUUACUGGAGACCGCCCUCAACGACUGGUCCAUCCCAUGCUGUGGAUAUGAACGUCAGAUACUCCUAGCUACCUGCAUCAUUGGCUACUUUCAGGUCACAACCCUCACUCUUGCACUCCAGACGGAAAGUGCUGCAGUUGUCGCCGUCGUUGCGACAACCGCGGUUUUUGGCACCUUUGUCAUGGAUUACGCCUUCUAUGAUGUUAUCCCAAAUGCUUUCAAGGUGAUUGGUGCUCUGUGUAUAACGGGUAGUUCCAUUGGUGCAACCAUGUCGUCGUACUAUGCAGCCAAGAGAAGACUUUCUGAAAGCAUCGAAAGUACAAGAAGAUUUUGAGUUUGGGUGAACUUCCUCAGUCACUUCGUUCCAUUAAAGUGCAUGACACAUUCAAACUACACCUUAAGACCUAUUUGUUCAACCUUUAAUACCUUCACAACUAAAUCUUAAUUUCCUUCACAACUAAAUCUUAAUUUAUACACUGAAUAAUUAUGUACAUUUUUAAAGAAAUAAUAUUUGUUUUGUAUGCAUUAUGGUACACUCUCUGACAUCACAUGCUGGUCUGACUGGCUUCCUAUGGGGGCUGGUGCCCUUAUUUGCUAGAGCUCCUGUGAGUACUGGCUUGCCCGUUAAAUUGUCGGUGAACAGGGCAGCAAGCACAAGGGCACCAGGCCCCACCAGGAUGUAGCUGGAUAUUUCAGUGGUGGUGAUGCAGGAUGGUACUUGUAGUGAUUUAAGAUUUAUUUUUAUAUCUAAGUAGCUGUACUUGUAGUGAUUUAAGAUUUCUUUUUAUAUCUAAGUAGCUGUUUGUAAUGUACGUGUAUCCAAAGGAACUGUUGCUGCGCUAUAGCGCCAUGAGCGUCUCUGGACGGUGUGUGCAUGCGCUCAAUAAGAUAUCACUAU